AUGGGUCUGCCACAGACUGCUUCAAGUGAACAGUCUCAUGAAGCUUCUUCUGCUCCAAGUUCCAGCCUUUCUCAAAGUCUUCCUUUGUAUAGCAAUUCCCAUGAGUCAGAUGAAAUUAACACAGGAAGCGAAGGAGGCAUUUGCUCUUCCAUUGGAGAGUUUGAUAGGAAAACAUCAUUGGAGCCUCUGAAACUCACAGAUGAUCAAUGUAGAUUCCAUGUUACCUCAUCUAGUAGCUCUCAUGGAUCCACUAGCUAUGCUGCAGAUAAGGUUAGUUCAAGUCUAACCGGAGCUAGAAGGAUAGUUGGUUUUGCAUCAAGCGAAACCAGCUCACUGGACAAUGAACAAACGAGUGUCUCUGUUGAUCACUCUCUAUCAUCCUCUGUUGGAGUCACAGGAGCAGAUGUUGGUGGAGCUUUGGUUAGGAAACGUGUACUCUCCCCUCUGAAUACUCUCUUCCCUGUGAAAUUCAGAGGGGACCUUCUUGAUAUCAGCUGUAGUAAUCACCAGCAAAUCACUUACCCUGGUCUCUCUAAUGGACUCCCCGGUUCUGUCUCACAAGAUCACACAAAGGUUAACCUCGCUGGAAGGUUGCAUCUCUCCACCACUCCUACAGCCACUUCUACUCGCUGGGAGUGGAAGAACUCCUCAAACAGUGGCAGACUCUCCUCCAUGGUCUUCACUGAUGGUCCGUUGCUAGACUCUGUAGACCUCCACCGGCCAACAAAAGGUGAGGUUUGCUUAUAUUCACCAGUAAAUGCGAAUAAGACCCUACCUUGUGAUAAGGAUAUAUCUGCCUCUCCACCACUUUCUCUCUCUCCACUUGGUCCUAAGUUUUCUGAGAGAAUAAAAGCCUUAAGAAGUAGCCAAAAUGGGAAGAUAGUUGAAGAGUUAAGGAAUAUCAGUGAAGAAGCAGAAUUAAGAAUUGACCGUAGAUUGUUUGAUGAUGCAUAUGCUCUAAGGAGAGCAUUUUCUAUGGAGAGAGGUGUUGAGCCUCCUUCAUCUCCGUGCAGAAGGUUCAGUAGAAGCUUGAGUGGGCGUCCCAUUCAGAGGUCAUUGGUUGGUUCUUUUGAGGAGUCGCUAUUGACAGGAAGAUUGUCAUGCGGGACAACAAAUCAGAAGAUAGACGGUUUUCUUGCGGUUCUUAGUAUUGCUGGGGGAGACAUAUCUCCAAAAUCACAGAAGCUUCCAUUCUCAGUUACUAGUGUUGGUGAUGAUUGCGUCUUGCUAUAUUAUGCCUCCAUAGAUCUUGGUGGAGGAUCUAAAUCGAACAAAUUCUGGAGCCCGAAGUUGAAAACAAGUCAAAUCAACUUUGAUGCUCAGAGCUCCUCCAAGAGCCAACUAAGGAUCCCCAUGAAGGGUCGGAUUCAACUGGUUCUUAGUAAUCCUGAGAAAACACCUCUUCACACUUUCCUCUGCAACUAUGACUUAACUGAUAUGCCAGCCGGAACAAAGACUUUCUUGCGCCAAAAGGUUACUCUGGGAUCAUCUAAUCCAACAAAGGAAGCAACGCAAGAGAACAAUAAAAAAGACAGAAGCUAUGUAAAAGAGAACAAAACAGAAUGUGAAGGAUCUGAUUCAGUGGAAGGAGAUGAGAAACUUGAUGAAUUACACGAAAGUGAGAAAAGAUGUUUAAAAUCUUCCAAAGAAUGUAACGGUGGUUCUGGUGCUCUACGGUACGCUCUGCAUCUGAGGUUUAUUUGCCCAUUACCCAAGAAAGCUUCAAAGAAACCUGAUGACGACACCACGGGGCAAAAGAAAAACUUGGAUUCAGAUGGGAAGAGGAGGUUCUAUCUGUACAACGACUUGAGAGUCGUGUUUCCUCAACGCCACACAGAUUCUGAUGAAGGAAAGUUGAAUGUGGAGUACCAUUACCCAGAAAACCCAAGAUACUUCAACAUCACAGACUAA